AUGGAUUUGAUGAACUACACUACUAAAGAUGACCCAUGCGAUAUGGUUCCUAAUAUUUAUAGAUGUUUCGUUCUCCGAUUGUUGUACAACGCAGGGCUAUGGAUAACCAAUUCCACUGCUGUUUCUCUUGUGAUUGAACGUUGGUUGGCUACCAGAAGAAGUACCACUUAUGAAGAAGAAUCUGUCUUAUUGGGAAUAUUUUUGGCAACUUUACAGACUGCCCAAGCUACUCUUCCAUUCGUUGGACAGAUGAGUGCCGUAGUUGGAUUCACAUUCCAAAUAUCAGCUCGCUCACAUUCCACUACCUCUAUCGCCAAAAUAAAAUGUUUCAUUCUUCGAUUCAUGUACAACUCUGGCCUCUGGCUCACCAACUCAACAGCAGUUUCUUUGAUUUUGGAACGAUGGUUAGCUACAAAACGGAGUAUGACGUAUGAGGAUGAUUCAGUGUGGAUCGGUGUUUUUGUAGCAGUUAUUCAGUUUCUGGUUGCUGCUUGUCCACUUGGAUUCCUCUACUCACAGACCAAGUUCGAAGGAGUCAUUAUGUAUUAUUGUGUGACCGCGGCUACCAAUGCUCCAUACGGUCCUCAAAUCGGCGCAGCCACAAGUAUUUUCUUCCAAUUCGCGGCUCUGUGGUCCUUCCGGCAUUUGCUCCGAGUUAAUAAAGUACGGGUAGCUGAUGCUUAUGAAAACCACCUUCAACUUCAGAAGCACCGAGAACAGGAUAAGAAUGCAUCGUUGUCAAAUCGAUAUCAACUGGAGCAGAAUAUCAGUUCUAUAACAUGCCUCAAAACGUUCGCCAACAUGUCGUUCACCUAUAUUGUCUUCCAAAACUUGUGCUAUAUCACUCUCAUGCAAUUUGGGGAGCAAUUGGAAAGAUACCAGUACUAUGCUAUUGUUGAAUUGAAUGGAAGCUGGCCAUUGUAUGGAAUAAUUUCGAUUCUAAUUCUGGCUACUACUAUGAACACGAUCCGUGUGAACACUGAUCGAGAGCUGCGAUGCCAUCUGAGAUUGCCAAACCAAGCGUACUUCGACAAUUUCAAGAAGCAGAUUGCAUGA